CACUGUCCUGACUCCUGAGCUCGGCAGUGAACAGUGAGCUUGUGAUAAUGUGCACCUCCCAUUUCACCAACUGAAAGGCAUUUGGGAUCCUCUUCUUUUGCCGGCCGAGCUCCCUUUUCCUCCGUCCUCACUCCCUUCCCUUCAUCUUCCAGACUUCCACCUGGUGAAAGGUUCAGGGGUUCGCCGUCGACGAUGGAGGAGGCCGACGGGAGCGCCAAGAAGGCCAGGCUGCUGCUACCCAACGGCCAUGUAAAGCAAGAAGAGGUCGGCGAGUAUCAUGCGGCCGGAGGAGGAGACGACGGAGGAGCAGUCGUUCCCGCGGAGGCUGGGUACGGCUCCAGAGUGGAGCUCGCGGUGAAGAUCGACAUGAGCGUGCUUCACUGCCCGCUCUGCACCCUCCCCUUCAAGCCUCCCGUCUUCCAGUGCAACAAAGGCGGGCACCUGGCCUGCGGCGGCUGCGUGGCCCUGCUGCCCGGCGGGCAGUGCAGGGCGUGCGAGGACGGCGGCGGGUUCUUCCACCCCUGCCCCGCGCUGGACGCCAUCGUGUCCUCGACCAAGAUGGCGUGCCCCCACGCCGGGUGCCCGACGUACGUGCCCUACCACGAGGCCGCCGACCACCGGAGCGCCUGCCCUCACGCGCCCUGCGCCUGCACUGAGCCCGGCUGCGGCUUCGUCGGCGCGCCGCAUGCGCUCGCGGGCCACCUCGCCGACCUCCACUCGGUGCCGGUGCGCACCGUGCAGUACGGCCGGGUCAACCAGGUCCCGGUGUCGGCGCCGCAGCAGCUGCUCGUCGGCGAGGAGGACGGCCGCGCGUUCCUCCUGACCGUGGGCGCGCUCGGGGCCGCCGCGGCCGCCGUGUCGGUGGUGUGCAUCAGGCGGAGCGCGGCCACGCAGCCGCGCUUCUCGUGCAAGAUGUGGGUGAACCUGCCGCAACCGGCGGACGCGGAGAACGGCGGAAGGGCGGACAUGGUCCUGGUGGACAUCCAGGUGAGGAGCAGCGCCACGCCCGGCGCGGUGGUCGUCCAACCGACGUUCCUGGCGGUGCCGCGGGCGUACAUGGUUCCGGUGGCCGGGGAUGCGGCGUCCAUGGAGGUUCCCCUCAACAUCCGCAUCGACAAGAUCUCCCGCUGAUCCCGCUGAUCGAUCGAUGUAUCCCUUCUAUUACUGUCAGUUCUGUUCGUGCUCCAAUCCAUGGUCUGGAGAUCCAGCUUAAACUGUUUGGGGGAAAAUGCUGUAAAUUAAAGAUUUAUCAGUGCAAUGUCUUCCGGAUGA